AUGGGCCGUUCAACAAGAUCGUUUGCUUUCUUUGGUCUUUUGGGACUCGCCUCGGCCGUGGGCUGUCCCUUUGCCGACCCGGGUUCUCUCCUCGCACGGGAUGAUGUCUCGUCCGAUGACUUUCUUGCUUCGUUUGAGCUUGACGAUAGCACUGGUUACAUGACCGAUGAUGUCGGUGGUCAAAUCUCGGAGCAAAACACCUUGAAGGCUGGAAGCCGUGGUCCUUCUCUGCUCGAGGAUUACAUCUUUCGACAAAAGAUAACACAUUUCGACCAUGAACGUGUACCUGAGCGAGCUGUCCACGCCCGCGGUGCUGGUGCCCAUGGCACUUUCACUAGCUAUGGUGACUGGAGCAACAUUACUGCUGCUUCGUUCCUGAGCGAAGCUGGAAAGCAGACUCCCGUCUUCACUCGUUUCUCGACCGUUGCCGGAUCACGAGGCAGUGCCGAUACCGCCCGUGAUGUCCACGGAUUCGCCGUCAGAUUCUACACUGACGAGGGAAACUUUGAUAUCGUGGGCAACAACAUCCCGGUCUUUUUCAUCCAAGAUGCCAUUCAAUUCCCCGACUUGAUCCAUUCUGUCAAGCCGUCGCCGGACAAUGAAAUUCCCCAAGCCGCAACAGCCCACGACUCAGCAUGGGACUUUUUCAGCCAGCAAGCGAGCACUUUGCACACUCUGUUUUGGGCCAUGGCCGGAUACGGUAUUCCUCGUAGCUUCCGACACAUGGAUGGUUUUGGUAUCCACACUUUCCGCCUGGUUACUGAUGAUGGCACUUCGAAACUCGUCAAGUGGCACUGGAAGUCCAAGCAAGGAAAGGCAUCAUUGGUCUGGGAAGAGGCCCAGAUCCUUGCUGGCAAGAAUGCAGACAUGCACCGACAGGAUCUCUGGGAUGCAAUUGAGUCUGGAAACGGCCCUGAGUGGGAGCUCGGUGUUCAGAUUGUCGACGAGGAGAAGGCAUUGGCUUAUGGCUUCGACAUGCUCGAUCCAACAAAGAUCCUACCCGAGGAAUACGUCCCUGUUCAGUUGCUCGGCGUCAUGAAGUUGGACACCAACCCCACCAACUACUUUGCCGAGACGGAGCAAGUCAUGUUCCAACCUGGACACAUCGUUCGCGGUAUUGACUUUACCGAGGACCCUCUGCUGCAGGGUCGCAUCUUCUCCUACCUAGACACCCAGUUGAACCGACACGGCGGUCCCAACUUUGAGCAGCUGCCCAUCAACCGUCCUCGUGCUGCGAUCCACAACAACAACCGAGAUGGUGCUGGACAGAAUUUUAUCCACAAGAACAAGAUUCACUACUCUCCAAACACCCUCAACGGCGGAUAUCCGCAGCAAGCCGACCAGAAGAAUGGUCGUGGCUUCUUCACAGCUCCCAGCCGUACCGUCACUGGUAACCUGGUUCGGGCGCUCUCGUCCACCUUUGAUGACCACUGGUCGCAGCCUCGUCUUUUCUACAACUCCUUGACCCCUGUUGAGCAGCAAUUUUUGAUCAACGCCAUUCGCUUCGAGACCUCCAAGCUCUCAUCGUCCACAGUCCAGCAGAACGUCAUUGACCAGCUGAACCGCAUCAGCAACGACAUUGCCGGCCGCGUGGCUACUGCCCUGGGUCUCGACACGCCCACACCCGACGACACCUACUACCACGACAACGUGACGGCCGGCAUCUCCAUCACCAACAGCACCCUGCCCACUAUUGCCACCCUGCAGGUCGGCAUUCUGGGCACGACCGGGUCGCUUACCCAGGCUACUUCGCUCCGUCAGGCCCUCGAGGCUGAAGGUCUUGUCGUGACCGUGGUGGCCGAGUCGCUCGCGGCUGGUGUCAACAAGACCUACUCGGCCGCCGACGCAACCGAUUUUGAUGCCAUUGUCAUUGAUGCUGCCGCCGAUCAGGCUGGGCUUUUCAACAGCACUGCGGCCUCGUCGUUGUUCCCCACGGGCCGCCCGGCCCAGAUUGCGCAGAUGGGAUACCUGUUUGGCAAGCCCAUUGGCUACCUAGGAGGCAACGGCACCGUCAGCUCCACCAUUACUUCGUCAGGCAUCACCGAGAGUGAGGAUGGUGUCUACUUCCAGUCGGAAAUGAAUACUCUCGUGGAGGAUCUCAAGGACGGCUUGGCGACUUUCAAAUUCACUGGACGCUUUGCGAUGGAUUCUUGA